AUGGCUGCGUCCUUGGAAGAAGACGAUGAAAUUUUAAAGAGCGACUUCUAUGCACUUCUGAACGUUGAUAGAAAGGCUUCCAUCGAAGAAAUCAACAAUGCAUUUCGUCACCUAAGCAAAAUCUACCAUCCUGAUAAACAUGUUGAUCCUAAUAAAAAAAAGAAGGCGGAAGAAGUAUUUAACAAACUAAGAAAAGCUCAUGAUGUGUUGAAAGACAAGACAAAGCGUACAGUAUAUGACAUGUACGGGGAGAAAGGUUUGGAAGCUGGAGAUAUGGAAAUUAUUGCUCGGACAAAAACACCAACAGAAAUUAUUGCUGAGUAUGAAAGGAUUCAAAAAGAGAGAGAGGAGAGGCGACUCCAGCAAAGAACCAACCCACGGGGUACUAUUUCCGUGGGAAUCAACGCCACAGAAAUCUUUGAUGCAGAAUAUGAUGAUGAUGAACCCAUAGACUAUCAACCAAGCAGGACUCUAGAAAUCAGUUCUAUGAGCAUUGCCCAGUCUGUGGAGUGUCCACUAACUCUCAAGGAUACGGUUGUCGUCGGGGGCAACCUGGACACCCGGAAUGGUAUUGGUCAAGGCAUGUUCAGCAUCAUGUGGAGGAGGCUCAUAUCUACCAAAGGAUGGGCAGAGGUGGAUGUUCAUGUGGGUUCUGCAGUAGCCUUCGGGGUCACAGGGUUUAGGCAGCUGACACAAAGAUGCUACCUCCGAUGUGGCCUGCGAGGAGAGGUUACACAGUAUGGCUACAGACCUUCGGCAACUUUAAUGCUAGCAUACCAGUUUGACAGAUGCUUGCAGGGUCGACUGACCUACAACCUGAGCCGGCCGUCAUCCAUCGUCACAAACAUUGUGUACAGUAAUGAACAGAACCAUGUAUCUUCAAGUGUACAGCUUGGCAUCCGUUCUAGCUUUCUUGCUUUAUCAUAUACCAGAACUUUUCUUGAGGCAGAUACCAAAGUGCGAGGAGCAUUCAGAAUUGGAACACUAGGCGGUAUGGUUGAGUGUUCUGUGGAAAAAAAGGUGACAGAUUUCAGCAAUAUAGGAGGCACAUUGUUGAUAGGGGUGCCGCAGGGUGUCCAUCUCAAACUCAAAUUACUACGUGGUCAGCAGACGUUUAUUUUCCCCAUCUACCUGUCCGAAGGCCUGAAUCCUAGCGCUGUCAUUUAUGGGUCACUCCUGCCACUGGCAGUUUACUACAUUGUCAAGAAGCUGAUUAUUGAUCCUGUACUUAAGCAGCAGAAACUUUCAGAAUUAGAAAAACAGAAAGAGGAAUAUGCAGAGAAAAUGGCUCAAAGAAAAAGUGAAGCAGAGAAAGCUGUGGAACUGAUGAAGGAAACCUUUGAGAGGUCGGUUGAACUUGAGGAGAAAAAGAUGGGGUUGGUCAUCUUGAAGGCAUUGUACGGAAAGUUGCAGCCUGCAAGUGAUGGAGAAGCCCAGGCAAACUCAUGUAUUGAUGUAGUUAUUCCAUUACAAGCUUUAAUCAAAGACUCCAAGCUGAUUGUUCCAGAAACAGCCUCCAAGAGUGGACUUCCUGGGUUUUAUGAUCCAUUCAUCGGUGAAGAGAAGAAAUUGUACAUCCGCUACAAGUUCAGAGGUCGUUUACAUCAAGUGUUUAUCUCAGACACAGAACCAGUCAGGCUUCCGCAACAAAAGCAUGCCAUGCAAGAAGAAGUCCCUCUUUCCUCGUCUCCACCCAGAGUGACUUCCCGAACUUCGUGA